AAGAAGCAGAAGAACAAGAAGAAGAAGAAUAGGAAGAGGAUGGAGAAGUAUAGUACUGGUAAUAGUAGUAGUAGUAGUAGCAGUAGUAGUAAUGGUAGUAGUAGUAGUAGCACUACUAGUGAUGGUAGUAGUAGCAGUAAGAGGAAGAAAAAGAAGAGGGAGAAAAAGAAGAAGAGAAGGCAGCAGCAGGAGGAAUGGCGCCUUAUUAUGUCUCUGCUGGCCCGACAGCAGCAGCGGUGGGGUAUGCAGCAGCGCCCGCAGCAGAGCCCGCAGCAGCGUCACCUCCACCAGAGACAACAGAAGAAGCAGCAGCAGAAGCAGCACCACCAGCAGCAGCAGCAGCAAACGCAGAAGCAGCAAAAGAAGAACAGCAGCAGCAGCAACAGCAGCAGCAGCAGCAACAGCAGCAGCAGCAACAGCAGCAGCAGCAACAGCAGCUGCAGCAUCAACAGCAGCGACAGCAACAGCAGCAGCAACAGCGACAGCAGCAGCAACAGCAGCAGCAGCACGUCGCGCAGCAACUACAGUAUCCCCCACAACAGCAGCAGCAGACCCCACAACAAGAGCAGCAGCAGCAGCAGCAGCACACCCCACAGCAACAACAGCAGCAGCAGCGCACCCUACAACAGCAGCAGCACACCCCACACCAACAGCAGCAGCAGCAGCU